AUGUUGGAAAUGGGUUCGGUUCUGGUAUGGUUCCCUUUGAUAGUCUUUGGAUUCUUUGUUCUGAAAUGGUUAUUGGAGAGAGUGAAUGUUUGGAUGUAUGAAUCCAAACUUGGGGAGAUCAAACAUUAUCUGCCACCAGGAGAUUUGGGAUGGCCUUUCAUAGGCAACAUGUGGUCCUUUCUUAGAGCUUUCAAAACAUCUGAUCCUGAUUCUUUUGUUCGAACCUACAUCACAAGGUAUGGGCGUAAUGGUGUUUAUAGAGCACACAUGUUUGGGAACCCAAGUGUAAUAGUAACAACACCAGAGACUUGUCGGCGAGUUCUAACUGAUGAUGAUUCCUUCCAGACAGGCUGGCCAAAAUCUACCAUGGAACUCAUUGGUAGGAAGUCGUUUAUCGGUAUCUCCUAUGAAGAACACAAACGGCUCAGGCGUUUGACUUCUGCUCCUGUCAAUGGCCCUGAAGCUCUCUCUGCCUACAUACCGUACAUUGAAGAAGCUGUUAUUACUGCUCUAGAAAAGUGGUCCAAAAUGGGAGAAAUCGAGUUCUUGAGUCAUGUGCGGAAGCUUACGUUUAGGAUCAUUAUGUACAUAUUUCUCAGUACUGAGAGUGAGAACGUCAUGGAUGCAUUGGAAAAAGAAUAUACCAACCUUAACUAUGGAGUUAGAUCAAUGGCUAUUAAUCUUCCUGGGUUUGCUUAUCAUAAAGCACUGAAGGCAAGGAAAAAACUUGUAGCUGCCUUUCAGUCCAUUGUGACUAACCGAAGAAAUCAAAAGAAGGAGAAUAUUUCAUCCAAUAAAGAAGACAUGCUGGAUAAUCUAAUAGAAGCUAAAGAUGAAAAUGAAAGAACUUUAGAGGACGAGGAAAUUAUCGACGUGAUGUUGAUGUAUCUUAAUGCGGGUCAUGAAUCCUCUGGACACACCAUUAUGUGGGCUACCAUUUUCCUUCAGGAACACCCUGAGAUUCUACAAAAGGCAAAGGAAGAACAAGAGUGGAUUGCGAAAAAGAAAGUGCCGGGCCAGAAAUGUUUAACUCUUAAAGAAACACGAGAAAUGGAGUAUCUUUCUCAGGUUAUUGAUGAGACACUUCGAGUAAUAACAUUCUCUCUUACUGCCUUCCGUGAGGCAAAAAGUGAUGUCCACAUGAACGGCUAUAUCAUACCAAAAGGCUGGAAAGUUCUGACUUGGUUUAGGGACGUUCAUUUGGACCCUGAGAUCUAUCCGGAUCCAAAGAAAUUUGAUCCUUCUAGAUGGGAGGGAUACACACCAAAAGCAGGCACAUUCCUUCCUUUUGGUUUAGGAAGCCGUCUAUGUCCAGGAAACGACCUCGCCAAGCUUGAGAUUUCCAUCUUUCUUCACCAUUUCCUCCUCAAGUACCGAGUGGAACGGAGUAAUCCUGCUUGUCCGGUGAUGUUCUUGCCUCAUACCAGACCCAAAGAUAAUUGCUUGGCAAGAAUCACCAAAACGACUUCAUAA